AUGUUCGCCAGAUCAGCAAUUCGCGCGGCCCACCCGCUAAAGCGAAAUCUCCUAUCGCGCUCCUACGCUACCGAGCCUGCGAAAGGCGGCUCCUCCAACACCCUCCUCUAUGGCCUGGGCGCUGUCGGCGUUGCGGGUGCUGGCUACUACUUCCUCGCGGGGUCACCCAAGGUAGAUUCGGCUGCGGCUAAGGCCAAGGAAGCCGUGAGCGGCCCACCGAAAAAGGCAUUCACAGGCGGCGACCAGGGUUUCAUCUCCCUACUACUGAAAGAUGUCGAGGUCGUCAACCACAACACGAAGAAGUUCAUCUUCCAACUGCCAGAGGAGGACCAGGUUUCGGGUAUGGCCGUGGCCAGCGCGCUUCUAACGAAAUACCAAUAUGAAGGGCAAAAGCCAGUCGUACGGCCAUACACUCCUACGAGCGACGAGGACACCAAGGGCCACAUCGAGCUCGUCGUCAAGAAGUACCCCAACGGUCCUAUGUCGACGCACCUGCACGACAUGGUGCCGGGCCAGCGCCUCGACUUCAAGGGGCCGCUGCCCAAGUACCCGUGGUCGCCCAACAAGCACGAGCACAUCGCGCUGGUCGCCGGCGGCACGGGCAUCACGCCCAUGUACCAGCUCGCGCGCGCCAUCUUCAAGAACCCGGAGGACAAGACCAAGGUGACGCUCGUCUUCGGCAACGUGUCCGAGGAGGACAUCCUGCUGAAGAAGGAGUUCGAGCGCCUCGAGAACACGUACCCGCAGCGCUUCCGCGCCUUCUACGUGCUCGACAACCCGCCUAAGGAGUGGACCGGCGCCAAGGGCUACAUUACCAAGGACCUGCUCAAGACCGUCCUGCCCGAACCUAACAGCGGGAAUAUCAAGGUCUUCGUCUGCGGUCCCCCGGGCCUGUACAAGGCUAUUUCCGGCACCAAGGUCAGCCCGACGGACCAGGGUGAGCUGUCUGGUGUCCUUAAGGAGCUGGGCUACUCGAAAGAUCAAGUUUACAAGUUUUAA